AUUGUAAUGGUCACGAAUACUAUGUAGCAGGAGCUAGAGGGAAUGGCCUUUUUUGAUUUUUGAGAACGUGUACAAGUCAUGUAAUUGUAAUUGUGCAUGUUCCUGGUUGACACACUCAAGCUGCAGCGCUACGCCUGUGUUAUGAAACUCAUGACGCAGUUUCAACUUCCAAUUUGAGCAUAUUGCAGUAGAUUUGCCAUGCCUAAAUUACCCCGUGCAGCGGUAAAUGGACUGGAUGUAGAAUGCCAUGAGGAGGAUUGUCGGACCGAGCAGCACUUCAUCGUGAAGGAAAUCUUCGCAGAGAAAGUCUAUAUCCAGCCGAACAAUCACACUGAUGGUGACAGCAGCGGCGACUAUGGCGAGUGGAUGGGGAACCUGGAUGGUGACACCAGUCCAUUAGUUGUUGACGUCGGUGCUCACCUCGGUCUGUUUACUCUGCAAAUUGCACAGGCAUAUCCUAAGGUGUGUGUUCUAGCCGUGGAGCCAGCUCCCGAAAGCUUUAAGCUGCUGUGUAGGAAUGUGAAGUGCAACGGUUUCGAGGCAAGAGUUAUUCCAGUUCAGGCUGCUGUUGACGCAUUACCACUCUCGUCGAGUUCAGUGCCACCACAACUCAAGCCCCUUCCACUGGGACAGGUUAGGGAGGAGGAUGUUGAACGAGGUGAUUCACGUGCGGUCGUCACCACCGCCGCUGCCUCUGGACAAGCUCAUCGUGCUGCGCCUGGGGCUAUCAGCUUUGUGAGAGCUAGUGACAGUGGUGGGCCUGGGGCUAUCAGCUUUGCCAGAGCUAAUGACAGUGCCAGUGGUGAUCCCGAUGGGCGUGUCCCUGGCAUGGACGGUGAAGGACAUACGAGUGGCGUCGGCGUACCAUCAUGGACAGCACGCAGCCGCCACCACCACCACCCAUCAUUAGUCAGCGGUGUCAGUGAGUAUGCCACACGACACCGUCCGGCGCCGAACAAACAGACUGCGGCGGCGGCGGACACACGCCUGCACACGCGCCUGCUGACCUACUUUCCACGCAUGCCGGGUAAUUCCACUCUGCGGCCGGAGGAGAAGGUCGCUCUGUACCGCGCUCAUGGCAAACAGGCGUUUCUAGCCGGAGCGCGAUUCGCUCGUGUCCCCGCUUGCUCCCUAACCGAUAUCCUCAGGGCUCGCAUCGGUGAGCGCCCGACUCCAAUCCACCUUCUUAAAGUGGAUGUGGAAGGCGCUGAACUAGACGUUUUGACUAGUCUUACUGCCGAGUGGUGGUGUCAUGUGCAGCGUGUUGCAGUGGAGACGGAUGACGUGUCCAGGCGACGAGAGUGUGUCGAGGCAUGCCUACGCGAUCAUGGAUUCAGCGUGUGUGUUCGCCGCGCUCAACUACUCCAAGACUACCUGUCCUAUAUUGUAUACGGCUGGCGGUAGAACUUCCAUUGUAUUAUCUCUACCGUAUGUGCCAACAUGGACAAGCCAGGCCCGGUUUCUGUCAUGGAACUGUGUAUUGACGAUGGAGAAGCUUCAGCUUUGGUACUGUUGUAGCAGAUUCUUCAGUGCGUGGGCUUGGCAAUGAAGCCGAGGCGGUCUGUCGGCUAAGCUGCGUGCACCCUACUGGCACAGCCACCUGUCAGGCGAAAUUACUGAUGCCUAUGUAGAUAUCACCAUGGUCAACAAGGUCCAACGCUUCCAGCUGCCAACAGUGGGUUGCCUCAUUUCUCCCACUGGGGUGGUCCUAGCUUGAAGUGAUGUAUAUCUGCUUACAUUUGAAAGCCAUCUGCUGGAAGGCAGUCAAAUGGGUUUUUCGUCAAACACAACCCUACCAAUGAAAUGAAGGCAACGAGGCAGGAGAGCAGAGACAACGAAUGGUAGAGUCACGAGGUGGCUGUGCCGGUGGGGAAGAUCCAGCUCAACAAGGUGUUCUUGCAAGUUUGAUCAGUACACCACCCUGGUCCGAAUCCUCAAUAUCAGUGAACUUACAGAUUGAUGGCUGCUGUCUUGACUCGUGAUGCCUACGAUUGGAUACAAGCUGCUCGAAGUAUGUUUCAAAUAAGAGUACAUGUAUUUUGAACUUAGCAUGAGAGGCAUCCACUUCGUGGAUAACAGCUUUAGUUGAAUGGUUUUUUUCACCCUGAAGAUGGGCCAUGCCCGAAAAUUUGGUGCAUUCCAUUUAUAUCUGAUAUUAUUAUUUUUUUGGAAGUGAAGUGAACUUAUGCAGCGAAGAGACCGUAGUUGGAGAGUUUGAAGUGAGGUACCCGGUAAUGUGUGAAUGGCUGCAAAGGAGUCUGCGAGUGCUUAGAAAAAAAACACUCUCCUUAGGCGAGACAAAAAAAAUUAGUGAUUCCCGGGCCCUCCCGCACCAAAAUGGAGCCAAGGCCAAUUUUUUUUAACAGUUCAUAAUACAUCUACAGCACCAAUCGUGUGAGUAGAUCUGUGACGUGGAGUCACACAAACCCGAGCCUGUACGACUCCUUGAUGUACAGAUCAGAACCAUCGUUGGCCGAAAUACAGAAAAAUUGAACGGGUAAACCGCGUGCCUGUUUUUUUGUGAAAUUUGAAUAAAAAAAUAAAAAUUACUGGAAA